UUGAAUCUUCAACCAACAACCUUACUUGAUUCAAGAAAUGCCUCUCUUCCCUUCCAAGAAACUCACACAGACCUUCGUCUUCUCCACAAUGCCGCCUCGCAUUUUCUCCUACUCUCAGAUCCUCGCCUUCUUGCUCCUCUUUUACGCCUCACCGGCCUCCAUCUCCGCCGAUCUAAGCUCGUCUCAGCGAGAGCCUAGUUACCUGAAGUUCGUGUCAGACGCGGCGGAUUUUCCGAAGGAAGAUUACUACGAUUACAUAAUCGUAGGCGGCGGAACAGCCGGUUGCCCGCUGGCUGCGACCUUAUCGAGCAAAUUCCGAGUUCUUGUCCUGGAGCGCGGCGGCGUCCCUCACGGAAACUCGAAUUUGAUGUCACAGGAAGGAUUCUUGACGACUCUAAUGGACGACGUCCAUUCACGUGACUCCCCCGUGCAAGCCUUCACCUCAGAAGAAGGCAUUCCUAAUGCCCGAGGGCGGAUCCUCGGCGGAAGCAGCGCCAUCAACGCCGGCUUCUACAGCAGAGCGGAUCCAGCGUUUUUCCAAAACUCGCACCUCCAUUGGGACCUAGCCAUGGUCAACCAGUCCUACGAGUGGGUAGAGAAAGAGAUCGUGUUCAGACCUAAUCUCAAGAAUUGGCAAUCGGCAGUUCGAGACGGAAUGGUUGAAGCCGGAAUCAAACCUUACCACGGCUUCAGUUUCGACCAUUUGAUUGGGACCAAAAUCGGAGGCUCCACGUUCGACGAAUUAGGCCGCCGCCAUAGCGCGGCGGAUCUUCUUGCUUAUGCGAAGCCGUGUAAUAUCAAAGUCGCAGUGCACGCGACGGUGGAGAGAAUUCUCGUGGCGUCCAAAGCAACGGCAACAGGGGUUCUUUAUCAUGACCAACGAGGCGCGUAUCACCACGCGCUGCUACGCGCGCGUGGCGAGGUUCUAGUAGCUGCAGGCGCUAUAGGAAGUCCGCAUUUACUGUUACUGAGUGGAAUUGGUUCGCGUCCGUAUCUGUCGUCGUGGGGGAUUCCUGUGACUCAUCAUUUACCCUACGUAGGGCACUACCUCUACGACAAUCCCCGUAAUGGAAUUUCCAUUUUAUCGCCGAUGCCGUUGGAGCAAUCUUUGAUUCAGGUAGCCGGAAUAACGGAAUCCGGCGCGUAUUUGGAAGCGACAUCCAACGUGAUUCCGUUUACUUCUCCCCCGAAGUCAUUUUUCAUAAGAGCUCAAUCGGCGCCGGUUUAUCUGACGGUGGCGACAUUGAUGGAGAAGAUAAUUGGACCGGUAUCGUUCGGUUCGAUGCGGCUGGCUUCAACCGACGUGAGAGUGAACCCGGUGGUUUGGUUCAACUACUUCGGCAACGCGGUGGAUCUAGAGCGGUGCGUGAACGGGACGAGGAAGAUAGGGGAGGUUUUGAGGAGCCGGUCGAUGGAGGGGUUUAAGUUCAGCGGGUGGUUAUGGAAGAGGGAGUUCCGGUUCGUUGGGCCGGUUUAUCCGGAGAAAGAGGAGAAGGAUGAUGGGUUUUUGAGGGAGUUUUGUAAGAGGACGGUGAGCACGAUAUGGCACUACCAUGGUGGGUGCGUCGCGGGGAAAGUGGUGGACCGGAACCAUCGGGUCAUCGGAAUGGAGGCGUUGAGAGUGGUGGAUGGCUCCACUUUUGGGGUGUCGCCUGGUACUAACCCUCAGGCCACGCUCAUGAUGCUUGGACGACAUGUCGGCCUCCAAAUUAUCAAGGAACGCUCCUCUACUACGACACAUCGCGUACAGUAGUACUCGUUUUCUUCCUUGUAUUCCAAAUAUAUUUUCGUA